GAUAAAGCAGCGAGUUCCAUUGACAUUCUGUUUAUAACCUCCUUUCCGUUGGUUCCCUUCUAUUAGCUGCUGAGCAUUUUUGAGCAGAGCAUCACAAUGCCAGAACAAACUGAAGUUGAGAAGCCCACCGUAGUGGAGGCUAAGCCAGAACACAGUGAAUCUUCCACAGACAGUGAUACUGAUGAGGAAAUUCCUGAUUUGGAAGAUCCCAGCACCACUGCUGCUGCUGCCGGCGCCGCGUUCUCUGGCGCUGCAGCCGCUGCUGGUUUACCCAUGGACAUGUUGUCCAAGGCCAAACAAUCCCGUGGAGAAAAGAAGGCUCGCAAGAUCAUGUCCAAAUUAGGUCUGAAACCAGUUCAAGGUGUCAAUAGAGUAACCAUCAGGAAAUCAAAGAACAUCCUCUUCGUAAUAAACAAACCAGACGUAUACAAGAACCCCGUCAGCGACACGUACAUCGUUUUCGGUGAAGCCAAGAUUGAGGAUUUGUCUCAGCAAGCUCAAGUUGCCGCCGCCGAGAAGUUCAAGGAAGUGAACCCAGCUGGCGAUGGUGCUGCUGGCACAGCAACCACCUCCGUCGCACCAAUUGCUGAAGAAUCUGAAGACGAAGAUGUUGAUGACUCAGGUGUAGAGGAUAAGGAUGUGGAAUUGGUUAUGACCCAAGCGAACGUCAGUCGUUCAAAGGCUGUUAAAGCACUGAAGAAUAACCAGAAUGAUAUAGUGAAUGCAAUUAUGGAGCUUACAAUGUGAUUCAUUUAAUACAUCAUUCAUUUCUUAAUACUAUUCUUACCAAUACAACAGUUUCUCUUUA